CUGAAGAAGCGGUGUGCUACUAUUAGAUCUGCGCAAUCUCGAACUGAUGGAGAGCCAUCUAAUGUUCCACAGCUGUCGACUUUAGAAAAGAAUUUUUUAAAUAUUGUAGGUGAAGAUUUUGGUUUGGGCCUUUCUGGUAUUCGUGUAAAUCCAUUUGAAGAUUCAAAUAUUCAUGCUGCAUCGACUUCAGAUAUGUCCCAAAUACCUCUACAGGAGGUCCAACAGUCCUUGGAACAAGAAGUUGUUCUUAAUACCAUUGAAAUCAUUGAAGGUGUUAAUCUCAGGAGUUCACUGGUUCAAGAGCAGCAACAGCUAGAGACUGAAAGUGAACCACCAGUACUUGUAGACGUACAUGCUCCUGAGCCUUGUAUAUCUCAUACUGCACCUACAAGUACUCCAGAGGCACAUCCCACACAAGCGGUUUCUGUUGCACCAACUGGAGGUGAACAUCAACAAAGAAGACGACGCAAUCGACGUGUGCGUAUUACUCAGGAAGAAGCAAGAAGAGCCUUGGUUGAAACGUCCCAAUUGCGGGCUGAAACGGAGGCUCGUAAUAGCCGCAAUAUUACGGAGUUCGUGCAAGUUCUUCAUCGAAUUCAAGAUGUUUUGGAACGCAUUGAGAGAAGGUUGCUUAGAAAUAUUUAUGUUGUACAUAGAAUAAAUUAA